AUGUCUCGUCCAAACAAAGCCAUCUACAUGCUUGCAAAUGGCAAACAUGAGAUCCGCACGAUCGAAGAACCGUACAUCCCCCAAAAGGCACAAUCGCUUGUGGAAGUGCAGUACUCAGCCAUCAACCCAGCUGAUACUCGUCACUCAUACAUGGGAAUGUCAGAAUACGUCGCUGGUUAUGAAUACACCGGCACCGUUCGAGGUGUUGGGCCCGAGUCUCCUUUCAAAGUUGGGCAAGAGAUCUUUGGCUUUUCGCUGCCAUAUGACCACCGACCCAAUUAUCUAGGUGCUCAUCAGAGUUUCCUGUUGGCCGAGCCCUUGAUGGCUUUUGACAGGCCUGAGCAUCUUGAUCCCAUCACCGCUGUAACGCUUGUUGUUGGCGGUGCAACGUCCUUUGAUGCUCUUUUCAAUGUGGCUGGGUAUGGCUUCCCGCUCGCUGGCAUCACUGGCAACGAUCCGAAGAAUGAGCCAAUUCUUAUUUGGGGCGGUGCUGGCGCUGUAGGCCAAGCUGCUAUUCAGAUAGCUAAAGCUGCGGGUUUCGGUCCUAUUAUCACGACUGCCUCACCUCAGAACCAUGACGCCUUGAAGAAGCUUGGUGCCGACGAAGUCUUUGACUAUCGAAGUGCAACAAUCGUGGAUGAUAUCCGUAUCUAUUUAAAGUCAUCUGGGAAGUCACUAAAGACUGUCUUCGACACAGUUUGUACAGGUCUCGGUGUCUUUGAAGGUCUUACGCCCGAAGAAGAAAGGGCAUUAGAAGAUAAAUACGAUCAAAGCUCGCCAGGUCUUUCCCGCCAGUGCUGUGAUCCCAACGUACCUUCAGAAGAACUCCGUCUGAUAUCAACUCUCCUCGUGAAGAAGGAUCCAACAUGGAAGUUUACCUUGAGUGUCAGGACAGUUGACCAACUUGACUUUGCGGUUGAAAGCCAAGUUCGAAGCGAUGAGGAGAGAAAUAGAGAGGAGAAUAGGAUCAUCCAGUGGCAGAAUCGUAUUGAACAGGGUAUUCAUUGGCUCGUCGAGAAUCAUGACCAGUAUUGGGAGGCUCCGAGGACUACAAUUGUAAAAGGAGUUGAGGAGGGGCUUCAAGGUAUUCGUGAUGUAUGGAAUGGGAAAGUCAGUCGUGAGAAGCUUGUCAUUGAUCAUCGGGUUUGA